AUGGAGCACGACGUCGCGCACGGUGGUGGUGCCGGCGGCGUCCCAGCCGGCGAAGCGUUCGAGGCGGUGCUGGAUCAGCUGGAGCAGGAGGAGCUCAGCGACUCGGAGUCGGGCUCCGAGUCCAUCGAGAUCUCCGACCUGAAGCGCCGCAUGUGGAAGGACCAGAUGCUGCUCAACAAGUUGGAGGGCCGCGCCGGCGCCUUCCGGGCCGUCGGCGCCGAGGCCGGGCUGUCAAGCAGGCCGCUCGUGCUUCCUGGCGCGGGCGCGGAGGGGCUGGCGGAGGAGGAGACCCCCGAUGUGCGGUGCCAGCGCAAGGCGAUGCUCCGGGCGCAGGACGGCGUGCUCCGCCACAUGCUCAAGAUGAUGGAGGCCUGCAACGCGCGCGGGUUCGUGUACGGCGUCAUCGACGAGGCCGGCGAGCCCAUGUCCGGCUCCUCCGACAGCCUCCGCGGCUGGUGGAAGGACAACGUCAGCUUCGACCGCGCCGGGCCCAUGGCGCUCACGGUCCCCGCCGGCGAGAGCCCGCUGGGGAUCGCGUCCUGCCUCCACCGCCUCCAGGACAUCCAGGACAGCACCCUGGGCUCCGUGCUCUCCGCGCUCAUCCAGCACUGCGAGCCCCCGCAGCGGAGCUUCCCGCUGGAGCGCGGCCUGGCGCCGCCGUGGUGGCCGACGGGGCAGGAGGUCUGGUGGGGCGCGCAGGGCGAGGUCCAGGCGCACCAGGGCGUGCCGCCGUACCGGAAGCCGCACGACCUCAAGAAGGCCUGGAAGAUCAGCCUGCUCAGCGCGGUGAUCAAGCACAUGAACCCGCGCUUCGACCAGAUGCGCAAGCUCGUGUGGCAGUCCAAGCGCCUGCAGCAGAAGAUGAGCGCCAAGGAGACGGAGGUGUGGUCGAAGAUCCUCAGGCAGGAGGAGGUGCUCAGCCGCCGCCUCAAGACCUCGCUGCAGAUCACGCCCCUCGACAACGACGACGACGACGACGGCCUGGAGGACGUGGUCGGCCGUGCGCACGACAAGCGCAAGCGCGAGCUGAUCAGCACAUCAAGAGACAACAGCUGGAGCAGCGGCAGCGGCGGCAGCAGAGGAGGGAGCGGGGAGCUGGCCGUCAUGCUGCCGGAGUUGGCCGCCCUCGUGGCGGCGGAUGACGAGAGCCGCCUGAGCCCGAUCGACGAGCUCGUGAAGCUGUACUGCAGCCACGCGCCUGCUGAUCAGGGCGGCGGCGGCCAUCCGGAGAGCGGCGCCGUCGCCGUGGUGCCUCCCGUGGAGCUGGACAUGUUCAGCGCCGGCGUCGUGCCGCCGGACGUGCCGUUCGAUCUGAUCGGGAGCUGCUCGGGGCUGGAUGACGUGUUCCUACUGAUGCUGGACUGA